UUGCGUUUUUUUCACUCCAAUCAAACUGAAACAGCAUCCAAUACACAGUUUUUCUCAGCCCACAGUAUCAAAGUCUAGUGUGUUCUACGUUCUCUACCAACUAUAUUUCUCUCCUCAAACGCUCCUCCUCUCUCAUUCUCAUGCUCAUCACCAUCACCAUCUUCUCUAUCUGUAGUCCACUCUUCUUAGACUUUCUCAUUGCUUUAUGGAUCAAAACCCCAAAGACUUGCCAAUUCUCUCCUAUGUCCUAUCCCAACUCAACCCCAAUUCCCAUCCACGACUCCCUCCACAACUUCAACAAACCCUGCUGACCCAGUUGCCUUAUCUCAACCACCCUAAAGUCCUAGCCUCACUAGCCCAAGCCAUCCCAGAUAUCACCCAGAUCACCAAGUCGGUGAGGCUGGAAGAGAUGCAUGAGGAAUAUGAGAAACAGUUGAGAGAAGCAGAGGACAGGUUGGUCGAGGUUUAUGGAUCAGUUGUGUCAGAGUUGGAGAAGGGGUUUAAGGAAGAGGAAGUGUGUGAUGAGGUAGUUGGGAUAUUGAAGGAGGCAGAAGGUGGGGUUGUUGUGGAGAGGGUUGAGCUUUGUGGGCGUCAGCUGAGGUUUCUUCCUGAGGCAUUUGGGAUGCUUCAUGGGUUGCUCGUGCUCAAUUUGUCCCGUAAUCAGCUAGAGGUCCUUCCUGAUUCGAUAGCAGGGCUUCAGAAACUGGAGGAGCUUGAUAUUUCUUCCAAUCUUUUAGUAUCCCUGCCAGGUUCUAUUGGACUGUUGCUUAACCUGAGGGUCCUCAAUGUCUCAGGAAAUAAACUUAGUUCCCUUCCUGACUCGAUUGCUCGCUGCAGUUCACUGGUGGAGUUAGAUGCAAGCUUUAACAAUUUGAUGUGUUUGCCAUCAAAUAUUGGGUACGGACUAGUUAAUCUUGAAAGGCUCUCAAUCCACCUGAAUAGAAUCCGUUGUCUUCCUGCAUCAAUUUGUGAAAUGAGGUCUUUAAGAUAUGUAGAUGUUCAUUUCAAUGAGCUACGUGGCCUACCUCAUGCUAUUGGGAGAUUAACAAAUCUUGAGGUUCUGAACCUUAGCAGUAAUUUCAGUGAUUUAACACAGCUUCCUGAAACAAUUGGUGAUCUUAUGAACCUAAGGGAGCUUGACUUAAGCAACAACCAAAUCCGAGCUCUUCCUGACACAUUUGGUCAGCUCAAAAAUCUAACUAAGCUUAAUUUGGACCAAAAUCCGCUCAUAAUACCUCCCAUAGAUAUUGUGAAUAAAGGGGUUGAAGCUGUCAAGGAGUACAUGGCAAAGAGGUGGCUUGAUAUCAAAGCAGAGGAGCAACAGAGGAGCAUGAUUGAAGAAAACAAGCAGCAAGCUCAGACUGGUUGGCUAGCAUGGGGAACUUCCUUGUUGAAUAACUUGGUUUCUGGGGUUUCACAAAGUGUUGCAGGAUAUGUGGGAGCUGGAAAAGCUUCGAGAGACCCUUGGUUGGAUCAACAAUUAUGAUUUGAUCAUCUUCUUGACCUGGGAUUUAUAGAAUUUUCUGUGUGUGUAUAUAUAUAUAUUUUGUAGUUGAAUGGAGUUAUUGGUCCAUUCGAGAUGACAUAAUGAUGUUAUAUAUGUACAUAAAGUAAUAUGGUGUGUAGUGUGCAGUUGUCCAUUCUGGAACAGUUAGAUACACCCGCUUACUACUGGUCACUCAAAUUAACUGGUUUAUUUGUUUGUAUUUUUUCAUUGGUUAUGCCCAGUUGUUAGUUGUAACAUUACAUCCACGAGACAAAAGAUUAAGUGGCUAUAUUUUCUCA